AUGUCAAACAGUAUGCCAUCUCGCACAGGACAAGCCAGCAACGGCUCAUGGUCUCUGUCUUUGCCAAUAAGGAGCCUGAACCCAGUCCUAUCCCAGGGCAUGGGCCCUCCCUUUGGCAGCAUAACCCAGGCACAAAAUGAGAUCAGCCAUGUACCAGAAAUGUACGAUGGACCUGACGAGAUGGCCGGGUACUGGAGCGACGACAGUAUGGAGGAUGAGGAAGAGAUCAUCGUUUGCCUCAACCGCCGAGCCAUGGCAAUGCUUCCUCGCCGGCUCCAGGUGGUCAUGAUGCAAAUGUACACACAGAGGUAUACACGCCUCAAGAUCGAAAACCCAGGUGUUCGCGUGAUGCGAGAAGACUAUUGGAUCACGCCCCCUGAGCCUCUCGGUCCGACUCCUAUUAGGAGGGCCCCAACUCCACUUCUCGCAAUGCCGCAGAGAAUCGUGAGUUCAACUACUCACGAAGCCGGCUCUCGACCUGGAUAUGAGUCUGGCCAGAGUGCUUAUGCUCAGGCUGAGGCAUAUAUCCAAACCUUCGGACCUGGUAACAACCCUCGCCGACGCGGCGCCCAGGCAACGCCUUCACGGAAUGCAUUUGCGACCUCGCAUCCCGUGAAUUUCAGCCGUCGCCAGAUAAGACAAAACAGUCAGGGUAUUUCACAGCCACAGCCUGAAAAGGGAUUCCGUGUCAUCAGCGGCCACCACAGGCCCCUGCCCCCGAAUUUGGAGUUUGCUCAGCGGCAUCACAACGCCAAUAUUCGAGGAGGCUCCGGACUGAAAUCCUUGACAUUAAAACCCGUCGCUUCAAGCCUACGAAAGAGCUUAAAGCGAAGCCUUUCGCGCUUGAACAAAUGGAUAAAGUCGUCGAACCGCCUGUUCACCGUCGAGAUGCAGGCUCCUGUGGUGGUGAUGAACACCCAAAAUGGGGACCGGCAAGUUGGCCGCCAGGCUCAGUUGUCUAAUAUCACUGCAGCAAAAACUGUUGCGGACAUUAUUCGUUCAUGCCUUGGCCCCAAGGCCAUGUUGAAGAUGCUUUUAGAUCCCAUGGGAGGUAUUGUGCUCACAAACGAUGGCCAUGCAAUUCUCCGAGAAAUCGAAGUCGCCCACCCCGCCGCAAAGAGUAUGAUCGAGCUUAGCCGCACACAAGACGAGGAAGUUGGAGAUGGAACCACAACCGUCAUUAUUCUUGCCGGUGAAAUGCUUGCGCAAGCUCUCCCUCAGCUCGAACGAAACAUACACCCAGUGCAAAUCAUCGCCGCAUUCAAGCGAGCCCUCAACGAUGCCCUACAGAUUGUCGAGGACAUUUCGCUGCCCGUGGAUAUCGAUAACGAUGAAGCUAUGUACAGCCUUAUCCAGUCGUCUAUUGGCACAAAGUUCGUUUCCAGGUGGUCCGACCUCAUGUGCGGUCUUGCCCUCAAGGCUGUCCGUACAGUAUCCUUUGAAGCCGGCGGCGGAAAGCGAGAAGUCGACAUCAAGAGAUAUGCCCGUAUUGAAAAAAUCCCCGGCGGCGAGAUUGAGGACAGCGAGGUGAUUGACGGUGUCAUGGUUAACAAAGAUAUUACCCACCCGAAGAUGAGAAGACGAAUUGAGAACCCUAGAAUCGUUCUGCUCGACUGCCCUCUUGAGUACAAGAAGGGAGAAUCCCAAACCAACAUUGAAGUUUCAAAGGAGGAGGACUGGAACCGGAUACUGGAAAUUGAGGAGGAACAAGUCAAGCACAUGUGUGAUGCGAUCCUGGCUCUGAAGCCAGACAUUGUCAUCACCGAGAAGGGUGUCUCCGAUUUGGCACAGCAUUUCUUGGUCAAGCACAACGUCACUGCCCUGCGCCGCGUGAGAAAGACAGACAACAACCGUAUCGCCCGUGCCACGGGAGCAACCAUUGUCAACCGCGUCGACGACCUUCAGGAAUCCGAUGUUGGAACUCAGUGUGGUCUGUUUGAGAUUGAAAAGAUCGGCGACGAGUAUUUCACAUUCAUGCGGAAAUGCAAGUCGCCCAAGGCGUGCACAAUCCUACUCCGAGGCCCAUCCAAAGACAUCCUGAACGAGAUUGAGCGAAAUCUGCAAGACGCCAUGUCUGUCGCCCGUAACGUGAUCUUCCACCCUCGUCUGUCUCCAGGAGGAGGUGCCACGGAAAUGGCCGUGUCUGUCAAGUUGCAGCAGCUGGCAAAAUCUGUCGAAGGUGUACAACAGUGGCCAUACAAGGCAGUUGCUGAGGCUAUGGAAGUCAUCCCCCGAACCCUCGUCGAAAAUGCCGGCGACAGCCCUAUCCGAGUGCUCACUCGCCUGCGUGCUAAGCAUGUGGACGGAAACACCAACUGGGGUAUUAACGGGGAGAAUGGUGCGAUCGUUGAUAUGAAGGAAUACGGUGUCUGGGAACCCGAGGCUGUUAAAUUGCAGAGUAUUAAGACUGCUGUCGAGUCUGCGUGCCUUCUCCUUCGUGUGGACGAUAUCUGCAGUGCCAAGUCUGCCCAACAAGCCGGUGGAAAUGUUGGUGGCGGUGAGGAAUAA